AAAAUAUAUCGUCCAUUGGGUGCACAUAUUUCGGAGCAUCGGAGACAGAGUGUACUUGCAGAGGCGUCAUGAUGCUGAGAUGAGCGUCCAGGGCUGGGAAAAUCUUCCGAGUCUGUUUCAAGAGCUAUAUCUAGCACCUCCAUCCAGCUGUUCUCUUCAUCCUACUCAGAUAAAGCCGUUGAGAGCAAACACUUUACAGUCAGAAAAUCGGCAGUACAAUAAAAACAUCUCUAGGACCGAUCACAAUGUCAAAGUAAGAUGCUACAUUUUCAGAGUUGGGGGUAGAAGCCACAAAAAUCAGCAAGCAGCAGCUGAAUGAGCUAAAGAGGGAUCCCAAUGUAGUCGACCGUGACCGUCCAGACGAUCCCGAGAACCGUCGAAACUGGUUCAGCGCGAACAAGACGAUCCAUGUGGCAACCGCGAGUCUGUUCACUCACGCCGAUUAAAUCGCUUAACUCAUGUGUUUUAGUUUCAGGAACUUGGCGGCAACCAUGUAUGCCCCUGGCACAGACGAAUUAGCUCAAGAUUCCCACACUACUAGCACCAUAGUGAUGGAGCUGAUGGUCAGCCUCUGUGUGCUGGGCUUUGCCAUAGGCCCUGUUUUCCUUGCACCCCUGUAUGAGCUGUACGGUCGCCUUAUUAUCUAUUCCUUCCGCCACAUCUUCUUCUUCAUUAGAUUCAUCUUUGGCUGUGCCUUCAGCACCAAUGUCGGUGUGUUUCUCGCUUUCCGAUUGAUUGGUGGCCGUGCUGCAUCAGGCACCAUGAGCAUCGAGGGUGAUUAUAUUUCCGAUCUGUAUCCUCUAGAGGUACGAGGAAAGGCCAUGUCUCAUUCGCCAUGGGGCUUCUCGUCGGACCUGUACGUCAUUUUCUUGGAGUCCCACUGA